GAAUCAUCAUUCCCCAAAAUUUUCAAUACAUGCAAACAACUGGAGUUCCUCUUCCUCCACAAUUAUGACAUGGGUAUUCAGUCUUUGCUGGAAGUGGAGCACCCUCAACUCAAUGAACUAGUGAAUGCCUGCGGCUGUUUUAAGAGGGUUCAUCUGAAGUGGGCACCAAAGCUCACAACACUGAAAUUUAGUAUUUUUAGAUCAAAAGAUGAUCCCUUCUGUCUUGGCUAUGUCCCACUGCUCCAGGCUGUGAGCAUCAUUAAUACCGCUCUCUCUUGGCACAAGAUGCUCAAGUUAACUGAGUUGCUUGGUAAGAUUGCCAUAAGCAACCUGCAUUUGAACUUCAGAAGUGAAAAGAUUUGGGUCAAACUGGAAGGUCGAAGGCAAUUGUUACCUGUGUUCCACAAACUUAGGAUUGUGAAUUUUCUUAACAUGCCUGAAGAAUGCGAUCUGACUUGGACAAUGUUCCUACUCGAAUGUGCACCCAACCUUAAGGAACUACGCAUCAUGGCGCGGGAUCAUUUAUGCUUAAUGGUAACAAGGGAGCAGAGGAAGAAGAGUGCAUUUAGCGAGGAGAAGGACAAGGGACUGGAGUGGGAACCAUCUGCAUCUAACUUCAAGCACCACAACCUUGCUGGGCUCAGUAUCUAUGGGAGGUAUCAGGCAGAAGACAAACUCGUGAGCUAUGCCAGGAGUAUCAUGCAAGCAGCAGUGAAUCUGGAGGACAUAAAUCUAUACAAGAGUCCAGUGUGUCAACGGGAGUGGACAUUGAAGGAGAAGUCGUCUUUUAGCUACAAAAUCAAAGAGGGGAUGCCCUCGCUCAUCCGGAUUCACUUCCCGAGUCUAGGGGAGGCCUUAUUUUAG